CACCACCCUCACUUCACUACGCACUUAAAUUCUUACCAUCUCUAAUCCCUAAAUAACCACAUAAAUCAUAAUCAUCUCGUCACAAAGUAAAAAAUCGUCGGUCUCUUGUAACAUUAUUACGUGGACUAAAAUGGGCAACGCCGACGAUAUGAAUCCCUCGGCCGAGAGUUACAACUUGGACGCCACCGGAAGGCACCGCGUGGCGGUCCCGCCGCCGCAGCCCUUCGUGAAGUCGCUUAAGAACACGCUGAAGGAGACAUUCUUCCCCGACGACCCCCUCCGGCAGUUCAAGAACCAGCCGCCGAGGAGGAGGUUCAUCCUGGGGUUGCAGUACGUCUUUCCGAUCCUCGAGUGGGGCCCCCGUUACACUCUGCAGUUCUUCAGAGCUGAUCUCAUUGCCGGGAUCACCAUAGCCAGCCUCGCCAUUCCGCAGGGGAUCAGCUACGCUAAGCUUGCGAACCUGCCGCCAAUUCUUGGCCUUUACUCGAGCUUUGUCCCGGCGUUGGUUUAUGCUGUAAUGGGGAGUUCAAGAGAUUUGGCAGUGGGGACGGUGGCGGUUGGAUCUUUGCUAAUGGCUUUUAUGUUGGGGAAUGUGGUGAAUGCUCAAGAGAACCCGAAACUCUAUCUUCAUCUUGCUUUCACGGCAACUUUCUUUACCGGGCUGUUCGAAGCUGCCUUGGGCAUUUUCAGGUUAGGGUUUAUUGUGGAUUUUCUGUCGCAUGCAACCAUCGUAGGGUUCAUGGGAGGAGCAGCGACGGUUGUGUGUCUCCAACAGCUGAAAGGCAUACUAGGGCUCGAACAUUUUACGCAUGCCACCGACGUUGUCUCGGUCAUGCGCUCUAUUUUCUCGCAAACUCAUAAGUGGAGAUGGGAAAGUGCUCUGUUGGGAUGCGUUUUCCUUUUCUACCUCCUCAGCUCGAGAUACUUCAGCAAAAAAAAACCUAGACUGUUCUGGAUAUCAGCUAUGGCUCCAUUGACAUCUGUGAUAUUGGGAAGUAUUCUGGUGUACCUCACCCAUGCUGAGAAACAUGGGGUCCAAGUGAUAGGACAUUUGAAGAAAGGGAUAAAUCCACCAUCCAUUAUGGAUCUCAACUUCGAUUCAACCUACCUUCCCACCGCUAUCAAAACUGGCAUUGUCACGGGCGUUAUUUCUCUCGCUGAAGGAAUAGCAGUGGGUAGAAGCUUUGCAAUGUUCAAGAAUUACCACAUUGAUGGGAACAAAGAAAUGAUCGCUUUCGGAAUGAUGAACAUUGUCGGUUCUUGCACUUCUUGUUACCUAACCACAGGCCCGUUUUCUCGGUCGGCUGUGAACUUCAAUGCAGGAUGCAAAACCGCAGUUUCAAACAUAGUGAUGGCACUCUCGGUGAUGAUAACGUUGUUGUUUCUAACACCUUUGUUCCACUACACACCGCUCGUUGUUCUAUCUGCUAUCAUAAUUGCAGCCAUGCUCGGCAUCAUAGACUACGGGGCUGCCAUCCAUCUCUGGCACGUCGACAAGUUCGACUUCCUCGUCUGCAUGAGUGCCUAUAUUGGCGUGGUCUUUGCCAACAUCGAAAUUGGCCUAGUCAUGGCAAUAGGGCUGUCUGUUUUGAGGGUACUUUUGUUUGUUGCAAGGCCAAGAACAUUGGUUCUUGGUAACCUUCCUGAUUCUAAAGUUUACAGAAGUGUUGAUCAGUACCAAAACGCACAUAAUGUUCCAGGGAUUCUCAUUCUUGAAAUCGAUGCUCCCAUUUACUUUGCUAACACCAACUAUUUGAGAGAAAGGAUCUCAAGAUGGAUUGACGAUGAGGAAGACAAACUUAAAUCGACAGGAGAAAUGGUCGCAUUACAGUAUGUUAUACUUGACUUGACAGCUGUCGGAAACAUCGAUACAAGUGGGAUCAGCAUGCUGGACGAGGUUAAGAAGAUCAUCGAUCGAAGAGGGCUCAAGCUAGCCCUGGCGAAUCCAGGGGGUGAGGUGAUGAAGAAGCUGAACAAGUCGAAAUUCCUGGAGACGAUAGGACAAGAAUGGAUAUUCUUGACAGUGGGAGAGGCUGUGGGAGCCUGCAAUUACAUGCUUCAUAGUUGCAACACGAAAACGACGUCCGAUGUAUCAGAAAAGUAUAGCAACAAUGUCUGACCUACGUACUACAUGGAACUAGCUAGCUUUUGUUAUUAGGGUACUAUAUAUAUAUAUAUAAGUUGUAGCACACAUGGUUGUUGAAGUUGAUGUAUGUAUGCUAGCUACAUAUAUCUUAGAGUGGAAUCAGAUGGGCGUGAGAGGUUAAAAAGGCGAAGGCAAUUUUUUCCCCUCCUUAAAUAACGCAGUAACAUACGCGCUGUAUGUGUCAAAUACAUGUAUGUUAGCUCGUUUUAAGAAAAGAAAAUGGAUUGCUCCGUGCCUCCA